UUCCUCGUUUCCCAUUGUCAUUUUGCUCUUCCCUCUUGGAGGCUCUUGUUCUAGAAACCCUGGCAUAACUAACUUCGGUCUCUGCUUUGUCCUCCAUUUCCCCCUUUGCAGCGAUUGCAACUGCACCCACUUCCUCGUCUAGUCCGACCGCUGCCACCCCGAUCACCGAGGUGCAAAACUGUUGUAGGUUUUCGGCUUGUACGGCUUGGAGAGAACAGUCUUCGUUGGGGUUGUGUCGUUUCUUCUUGCAUCUGUUCAGAGCCGUGAUAUGUUGUGCACUAAUUAGGUCAGAAACGCCGAGCGUGUGUUUGCCAAAGCGCAUACAAUGCAGCAGACCGAGCAACAGCUAUUUCAGCAGCGGCUAAAACAUCAAAGUCUCGUGCAAGUUAUGCUGCAGCAGAAUCAGCAUCAACCACAGCAGCAAGCGCUUUAUCACCCUGGCUUGCUUGCCACAAUACCCCAGAUGGAACCAUUGCCGAGUGGGAAUCUGCCCCCUGGGUUUGAUGCAACUUCUUGUCGUAGUGUUUACGUAGGCAACAUACACACGAAAGUUACAGAGGCGCUUCUUGCCGAAGUUUUUUCUAACAUUGGGCCGUUGGAGGGUUGCAAACUUAUCAGGAAAGAGAAGUCAUCAUAUGGAUUUGUUGACUACUUGGACCAUAUUUAUGCUGCAGUAGCAUUAACUACUCUAAAUGGCAGACUAAUAUUUGGACAGCCUAUCAAAGUUAAUUGGGCAUAUGCAAGCGGGCAGAGAGAGGAUACUACAGGGCAUUACAAUGUGUUUGUGGGAGAUCUCAGUCCGGAGGUGACCGAUGCAACUUUGUUUGCUGCAUUCUGUGUCUAUCCAAGCUGCUCAGAUGCACGAGUUAUGUGGGAUCAACGCUCAGGUCGUUCUAGAGGUUUCGGCUUUGUUUCUUUCAGAAGUCAGCAGGAAGCAGAGAACGCGAUCAGUGAGAUGACUGGAAAAUGGCUUGGAACCCGGUCAAUCCGGUGCAAUUGGGCUACAAAGACGAACAGUUCUGCUUCAGCAGACGAAACAAACAAUGGUGGUCAUGCAGUAGGAAUGAAUGGUUCUGGUGAUUCACUUUCUGGACUGCAAUCGCUUGGGCAAGAUUCUAAAUCAGAAGAUCGUCCAGAAGGUUCUGCUGGGGAUGGACCAGAAAAUAAUCCACAGUACACCACCGUGUAUGUCGGUAAUUUGGCCCAUGAGGUGAAUCAAGGUGAAUUACACCGAUGGUUCCACUGCAUGGGAGCUGGUGUGAUAGAAGAUGUACGUGUACAAAAAGAUAAGGGAUUUGGUUUUGUGAGAUACCGAACGCAUGAGGAAGCUGCCUUAGCGAUUCAAGCAGCCAACGGUAGAGUACUUUGCGGCAAGUCUGUUAAGUGUUCCUGGGGCAGCAAGCCUACCGUGCCAGGAUCGUCAUCAGCACCACUUCCUCCUCCCCUCCCAGUAAACCCGUAUCAGGCUGGUCUUAUGUCUGGAGUAAAUCUUGGUUACAGUGCUGCUGACCUCUUAGCAUAUCAACGCCAACUUAGUAUGACACCGCAAGGUGCUGGGCGUGCGCUUUUACCAUUACCCCAUCAUCAAAGCCUGGGAGUUGGUCUUGGUCAAGGUCCUCAUUUGGGAGCUCCUGGUAGCCGAGUUUAUGAUAGUUUUCAGCCAGGAGCAGGUUUGGUUUCGGGGGGACUAGGUCAUCAACAGCCAUUCUACUAAUGCUAAAACUUCUGGAAGCGUCUGCCUGGUCAAUCCUAAAGGGAUUGCUUUUGGGGCUUGCAGAGCACAGGAUCAGUGAUGACCAUGCUACGUCAUUAAGUUGCUGUCAUAGUUUUCAAGUGACAUGUAGAUUUUAGCAUUGUUUGUCAUGGGACUGUUAGCUUGCUGAAGUGGUCAGGUAUGAUAUGCACUUCGGUCUGAUUUUUGGGGAGGUCAUGAUGAGACUCUGCAUGCAUCCAAUUACUGCUGUAAGCCAAGAUGUGUGCCGCUCAAAUCAUGGGAUUGUAUGGAACUGUGGCCAGUCACCUGCUCGGAAGAACCUUGGUAUUGCAAAGUAUUCAAUAUUAAAUAUAUCAGUAGCUUCAUUUUCAAAUGUCACUGGAAAUUUAACCCAA